AUGGCGAGUCUUUUGGGGUCCUAUAGAAGGGAAAAGAAAAAAGUUAAAGAUUCGCUCGGAACCGGCAAAGUGCCGGUGACCCAGGUUCAAGGAGUAUUCGGGCGAAAGGUUGCUCUUCCUUGUGAUGUGACACCACCAGUUGAAGGCGAUGUUGUCCUCAUGGUGUUAUGGUUUCUGGAACCAAGUCAGCAGCCUCUUUAUAGCCUGGAUGCUCGUCGUGUACGCCUGGACGCAGGCCGACGUUGGGCUUCUCCUGACCUGAUGGAAGGCAGAGCGUUCUUUCGCACCGCGUCCAAGCCGGCUGCACUGCUCCUGGACGGGGCAAGAGUCCGGGACGAGGCGAUGUACCGGUGUCGGGUAGAUUUUCGCGAUUCGCCCACCAGGCAUUCUCUCGUCAAUCUCACAGUUGUCGUACCCCCAGGAAGACCUCGUAUUUAUGAUGGGCGAAAUAAUAAUCGCAGUAGCGUCGUGGCUCCUUAUGUUGAAGGCAGUGACGUAGUUCUUAUUUGCGAAGUUGAUGGCGGUCGUCCGACGCCCCGCUUGUCUUGGUUUAUGGAAUCCACACUUCUGGACGAAUCCUGGUUACCCAGGCCGGCGGCCGUUGGUGGAGGAUCAAUCAACCGUCUGCUGCUGCCUGGUGUGGGCAGACAGCAGCAACACGCCAGGCUGGUGUGCCAAGCGGCCAAUACGGAUCUUGUGCAGGCUGCUACGACGGCAAUCGUAUUGGAUAUACAGUUACGUCCGAUUUCAGUGCACAUUUUAAAUAAGAAACAAGAUUGUCUGCUGGGCAAUGAAUACGACACAUUAGGAAUUCUGCACUUCGUUCCAACCAUGGAAGACGAUGGAAAUAUUUAA